AUGUCGACACCGAAAACAGAAAAAGAUUUACAUUUACCACUGUCAAGAGUUAAAACGAUUAUGAAAAGUUCUCCAGAUGUUGAAGCUGUCGGGCCUGAACCUUUAUAUUUAGUUACAAAGGUCACGGAGCUGUUCGUUAUCGACUUAGCCAAAAGAGCUUUUAAAACCAGCAAAGCUAACAUGUUGGAGUACAAACACAUAGCAGAGGUGGUACAGGAGGACGAUACGUUGGACUUCCUCAGGGAAAUAAUGCCUAGAAAAAUAACAGUAAGGCAGUUCAAAGAGAUCAUGAAUAAAAAAGCAGCUAAGGGUGACCACUCAGAAGAUGAAUCUAGUGAUCAGUCAAGUGAGGAGAGCAGUAGUGAAGAAAGUUCCAGUGCUGAAGAAACAAACGAACAAGACUGA